AUGACCGAUCAAAUACUAGAUUAUGUCUGGGAUUAUGGCUGCCUUAAAUCAGAGGAUGAGCGAAAUUAUAUUAAUAUAAUGGUGAAGGCUCAGUUAGGUCAUCCAUAUUUUGCGGAACUAUUGUAUGCAUCUCAAGAAUUCAUUCGAAACGUCGAAGAACCCUUUAGCGUUAGUUUAAGAGACGUAAAACGCGCAAUCAAACUUUUUAAAUUUUUCCGCGAUAGUUAUAAAAACCUGAUAAAAAUUUUAAAUAGGGAUUCACACAGGAAUUUAAAGAAUAGUUUGAAUUCUGUUUCUAAUGAGGCACGCUCGAUAGUGUUAGCACUUGGUACUUGCUAUCUUUUCAGACUUCAUGAUCAAUCGAAACGCAGGAAUUAUCGGAAUGAAAUGAUCGAGAUCAUAAAAAAACAUGAUAAAAACUUUCCGAAGCAAUCGAAAUUUUCGAAUAAAGAUUCUUUUGAAUUCAUAAUCCAGAGCGAACAAGAAGCUUAUGUUAAAUGUUAUCCCGACGGAACUGCGUGGAAUGAAGCACUCUUCGAGAAUAUCCUCGUGAUGAUUGUGUGCAUACAAACUCGAAUUCCAGUUUUUAUUAUCGGAGCACCCGGAAGGUAA